ACGCCAUUCUUUGCUACGUUUUUGCAGAUCAGCUGAAGAGUUUUGUUUAUGCACGAAAAUAAUCGCGCUCAACUGAUUUUUGUUUUACUAAGUGUAUUAAGAUAGAUAGAAAUAUACACUGAGGUAAUAUUCAACAACCUAAAAUGAGUGAAGUUAGUUGCGAGUUAGAGGUUGGCGACUUAAAACCACAUGAAAUAACGUUCCAGCAUGCAAUAGAAAUUUCACCAUUAAUUAAGGAGCGCACCAUUGGGCCAGACAUGCCCGAGCCACGAGAUGAAGAGCCGGAAAGUACACCAACCAUUUGCCAAAAAAGUCGGGUACAAAAACGAGAAAGCUCACCAAAGCUAAUAAUACCAGUGUUAAAACCUUCUUCGUCCUUAGACUAUGAACUGGUUAGCGCCACAAUGAUACUACGCGAUGCUGAGGAAAAGCGCAAGAAACAUGUACGCCAGCAAAUGCACAAUAUGCAGGAAAAACAACUGGCCGUAUUACGGGAAAAUGCGGCGCGCCUGCGUGAACAACAAGGGAAACACGUACAAGAGCUAAUCGCGGAGAAACAUCGCAGCGAUGCACAAAUAAUACAAGAGGCUGAAAAACAGACAAUGCUCGAAUUGCAGGAAUACGAGCAGCAAAUAAGUUCCAUGCGCUUGCAAGCCAAGCGUCAGCUGCAACUUUUCUCCUUUCAAUGUGUGGCCAAAUACCACAGCGUUUUUCGUAGCAAAUAUGAAGCUGUUGCGAAAGCGUUGAUUUCCAUUGACAAACAAGCGCUGCUAUCCUGCAGCGAUUACAAUCGCCAAUUGAAAGAACUCGUCGAAUUAUUCGAAACGCUAACUACCAAAAUUAAAACAGAUGAAUGCGGCGCCGCAGAACUAAAACUCGCUGACAGUCUUUGUAAUAAAAUGGACGCCUUAUAUGCGACCAUAAAUGAAGAUUUGGAAAAACUAGUAAAACAGCAAGAACACACGCAGCGAGAAGAGCAGCGCAAGGCCGAAGAACAAGUGUUCGCUGCUGCUUUGACCUUGUCGCAAACACCACAGGCACUGGUUGAGACAACAGCGCCAACCACUACAGAGCACUCACAAGCGGCACAUCAAACAGUGCCAGCACAGCAAACUCCUGAGACGCAGCUGCAACAGCACACACAGCCAUUGACUCAACCAUCGGUGCCUACAGAGAAAGUAAGCCACACGGCAACGACCGCAAAUCAGGAGAACUCCGUUGCACAAAAAUUCUAUCAAGAAAUCUACAGUUUUUAUCAGGAAAAGGUAGAUGGUGUGAAGCCUCUGCAAUCGGAUGAAAAUAUGAAGAAGUAUAGGUUUGCUUGCCAGAAAGCGAUUAACAUACCAUUGAAUGCCAUAUCGGCAGUCAGUGCACAGCAUUUGCAGGAUAAAUUCGAACGAAUUUUUAACUUCCUCAAUGGACAACCACUCAAAACUGCGGAGGGACAAGUUAGCGUUAACGACCAUCCCUUGGGUCGCAAUUAUUGCUUGUUGUUGACAGCGAAACGGUUUGUGAAUCAAGGUGAAACCGCCAUUUCCAGCAAUCCACAGGCCGCUUUUCCUGUCGCCUCGGUUGUGGUCUCACUCUGGAAGCUCAUACCCGAGUUUGGAAAACUUUUCCUUGCCUACAUCUUUAAGGAAUCACCGUCUCUGGUGCCGUUGCGUAGUAAAUCCGUGGAAGAGUACAACGACUUGAAACGACAGGCGGGUAUUACACGUUUAUAUGCCGCCGUGAUGAUUACGAAUGGACGUCGGGCCGACGGCCCGGAUCACCCAUAUGGACUUGAGCAUGCUUGGCGUUGGCUUGUUGAUUACAGCAAUCUUGAGCCUUUGCCCGACAUUAGCGCGACAUUGAUUUUGGAAAUGCUGCAGACAUUGGGCUUCGCCAUGUGUCGCACUUACGGCAAACAAUUCUCUAAACUGCUUCUGUACAUCCAACGCGAUUAUUUCGCAAAAUUGGCACAAGUGGACGAAGGCGGCCCGCGUACGCGUUUGGAAAUGCUCUUCAUGAAUUGUUUGAAUCAGAAACAAAUCCCUGAGCCGCAAGGCACACUCGGGCCUUCUUUUUGGUAGUUCAGGUGCAGAUAAAACACUGCGCAUCAGUAAAUUUAUAAGCCUAGUAUUAUGUGUAGCAUUAUUGUUGUAAGACGAAAAAUUCAGUCGAAGCGGCUGUCUUUUUUUUGUUCGUUUUAAGAUCUAC